UAAGCCAACACCUUGCCCAAAAUAUGGAACAGAAAGUUCACCAUGUGAAAAGAGACCUGAAAAAACUGAACAAGAAGGUGUCUGAGUUAGGAUUUUUGAAGUCUGUUACUGGAAGUGGGACUCUGAGGAAGGAAUCUGUGCUAGGGAGAAGGAGUUUUUUGGAGAAGAUGACUGGAGGGAUGAAGGCACUUCAAACAGUUGUUGGCUCUCCUAGGAACAAACAAGUGAACUCUAUCUUGCCUAAGCUAGACAAUAUGAUGAGCGAUCAGAAGUACAGGCUUGAGUACAUUAAAACUCUAACUUCAAAAUUUAUACUCAAUAAAGUGGUGUCCAUUGACAACAUAAAACUUGAGCAAAACUUGUUGAGAAUUCUCAGAAUACCUGAGGAAGAACGCACAGAUGAACAGAUCUACAAGCUUAAAUAAAGAACUUGAGAGAUUCUCAUUCUUUGCUGAAUAUGUGGCUAAAGGAAAUGAAGAUUUAGUGAGAAAAUGUGCAAAAGUCAUGAAGCUCGAGGAGUACGAGGCUAAUAAAAUUGUAUUUAAUUACGGUGAGAUCGGAACUAAGUUUUACCUUGUGAUAAAAGGAAGUGUCAAGGUCCUCAUACCCUGCACAAAGAAACUUGACCUCACUUUUAAGGAAUAUGUAAAGUUCCUUAAAGAAAAUGAAGGGUUGGUACUCACUGUUAAUGGUACAAAGUUCUUUUCAUAUCCAUAUCCAAUUGACAGAAUACGUAUGAAUCCUCUUUUCAGAGAGGCUACAGAGAUUGACUCAGACCUAGUAGAUGAGAUUUACAAAAGUGUCUCAAAGAAAGAACUUAAAGCUGCAGUUCUUAACCUUUAUAAAAAGUUAAAGAGUAAGAAAAAGGAGAGUUAUCAUCUUCAUUUUUUAACGAGCGUAAAACACCUGAAAGCUGGCGAUCAGUUUGGAGAGCUAGCUCUUCUAAAUUCUAAACCCAGAGCUGCAACAAUCAUGACAAAUGAGAAUACCUUACUUGCUGUUCUGAGCAAGAAAGGUUUUGAUAGAAAUUUGAAAAAUAGUGAAAACACCAAACUUGAAAGAGAGAUCAAGGAGCUAAAUAACUUUGGAAUCUUUAAAAAUAUCACGAGGACUUCUAAAAGCAAGCUGGUUAAAUGCAUCUCCAAAGAAGAAGUAAAGAAGGGUCAAUAUUUAUGCAAAGAAAAUGAAGAAAGUGUUUAUGUUUAUAUCAUCAAGGAAGGUAAAUUUGAAAUUCUAAAAGAACUGAAUGUAAAUCUUGACACUGGGAUUGUCAAUUAUACUCCCCUCUAUCUAUCAACAAGAGAACUUAGGAAACAUAAACAGUUCUUUGAUGAUUACCAGUGAUUAGUUCAAGGAACUGCACAAAUUGGAAGGAAGAUCUCCCCAACAAAAUCUCUUCGCACACCAAGAAUUCGAAAAUAAAGUGAUAAAACUGAGUACUAUUACUGAUGGACAUGUUGUUGGGCUUAGUGAUUAUUUAUUCAGGAGCAGUCAUAAAUUUUUAAGCAUAAAGUGCAUUUCCACAGUUGCCCAAGUUGCUAAGAUGCAUAUCAAUGAUAUUGCAGCAAACCUGAAUACGAUUGAGGUGUCAAAGGAAAUGAAAGCAAUGGUAUACAAAAAUCUCUCAAUUUUGGGAGAAUCCUUAAUGAAUUCUUUAAAACUCCAGAAUACCAUCCUUUUAAAUACUUCAAGAGAAGACGCCUCUAGAAAAGAGGAUAUCGAUGAAAUUUCUAGAACUUUAGAAGAAAAUGAAGAGCAUGCAUUUUAUCAGAGACUUAAGUCACUCAAGAUUGUGAGUCCAGUCAAUCAAGUAGCGAUUAGGCACCGAGCUGAUGGCAAAAAGGAUCCAAAGACUAUCUUCUAUAGGCAGUUAUGAAUUGAAGACCAGUCUACUACUUUGAAGAGGUUGAAGAGCCCUGAAGUCAAAAUAAAAGAAAGAUUGUUUACUCAACCAAUAGAGGAUCUUUGCAGUCCAAGAAUGGAGCGAGUGAAGACAAUGCAGAGAGGAAGUCGGAAGAGAUCCCUCAAAUCUAUGUCUAUUAGCUCUAUCAGACAGAAAUAGCGUAGCUUCUUUACCCCCUCAGAAGCUAUCAGUGGCUCCACCAAAUUUUAUGUACAAGUCACCAAAGAGAUCUCAGAAUUAUCAUAAAGUAAUUUUUGACAAGUUUGGGAAGACAGUGAUCAAAACUUCUAUUCGGAAUAAAGAGAUUAAGAAAUAUUCUAGCUUCAAGAUACCUAAUGCUUAUAAUACGGAUAGACAACCUAUGACUGAAAGAGAAAGCGUCUUUAGGAACCUUACAAUUAACAACGCAAGUUAGACAUUUUUUGUAAUUCAAUAAAUUCUUGA